AUGACGGAUAGUUUUUAAAAGGUCAAAGUGUAUGGAUAAUUGCCAUCAGAGAGGUUUGGACACACAAUGACAUAUAUUGAGAAAGGAAAAGCAAUAUUAUUUGGUGGCAAGGAGUGUUAAAUAUAAGAUACUACAAACAGUACUGGGAUAUACAGAUUUGCAGAAGACAUAUUCUCAUUAGACAUUCUGACAAAAUAAUGGAAUAGUGUUAAAGUGUAGGGAACUGUGCCUAAGCCAAGAGCAGCACAUGCAGCAGUGUGUAUUGAGAUAAAUUAAAUAGUAAUUUACGGAGGAGAGACAGGAGGUGGUAGUUUGGCAUCAGAUGAUUUAUACUUGUUAGAUUUAAGAUCAGCAGAUGAUAUUGGAGAAUGGAGUGUAGUAUCAGUAGUUGGAAUAACUCCAGGAAGGAGGUAUGGACAUACACUAACAUAUUCUAAACCAUUUUUGAUUAUAUUUGGAGGAAGUACAGGGCAGGAACCAAUUAAUGAUUGCUGGUGUAUUAAUGUUGAAAAGAAUCCUUUUGUUUGGGUGAAAAUAGAAUGCUAAUCUGAAUAACCAAUGGCUAGAGUUUAUCAUUCCGCCAGUGUUUGUACAAAUGAUGUUGCAAAUGAAACACUUAUAAUCUUUGGAGGCCGUUCAAAGGAUUAGCAAGCAUUGAAUGAUACAUGGGCAUUGAAAAGGCAUAGAGAUGGAAGAUGGGAUUGGAUGAGAAUUAUAUAUAAGCCUGAUAAAGAGUAACCAAAAGGUAGAUAUUAACAUACUAGUUUGUUUUUCUAUAGCAUGCUAUUUAUAAUUGGAGGCAAGACUGGGAAUUUAAAUGAGAUGCUCACAAUAAAUGUUUUUGACACUUAAACUUAGGAAUGGUCUAAAUUUAAAAGUAUUUAGAGAUUCAAACAUUCUUCUUGGAUAGUUGAAACGAAUAUAUUUAUCUAUGGUGGAUUCGGAUUAAGCUCUCCUGAUAUCCCUACUGGUGCCAUUUCUCUAAUCAAUUUAAACAACUUAUUAUUGCCAAGCAAACCUUUAAGCAAUAAGCUAGCCUAAUAUGCAUUAAAAAAUCCUCGUUCAACUGCUUCUUGUAGAACACAAAAUUGUUAAAUUAUUACUCAGAAGCCUUAUAUUAAAAAUCAAGUUGAACCUUCUUUUAAAUUCAGUAAUUAAGCAAUUGUGGCAGAAGAACACAAUUAAUCAAAAUCUUAGAAUAAAAAACCGAUGCCUCCUUAAAUUGUUCAACUUAAAAAUAUUGCUGAUCUAUUCCUUAAUAAACUGCUAUAACCAAAAACCAUUUUAAACCUUCAAGAAAACACUAAAUUUUUAUUUAAAGCGUAAGAUAUUAUUUUGCUCUGUGAUUAAGCUGAAGCAAUUAUAAAAGAACAACCUAUUCUCCUAAGGUGCAAUGCUCCUAUUAAAAUUUUUGGGGACAUUUAUGGACAAUAUUCAGAUUUAAUGAGGUUCUUUGAUUUAUGGGGGUCUCCAUUUUUAGAUGGUAAGGAUGGCGAUAUUGAAGCAUUUGACUAUAUGUUUUUAGGAAAUUUUGUUGAUCGAGGUAGCCAUUCGCUGGAAACCAUUUGCUUACUAUUGGCUUUGAAAGUUAGAUAUCCAGAUUCGAUCCAUUUAAUUAGAGGGAAUCAUGAAGAUAAAUAGAUUAAUAAUUAAUUUGGAUUCUCAGAAGAGUGUGCUAUGAGAUUAAAUGAAGAUCCAAAUGCUGAUGAUUCUGUAUUUGCAAGAGUUAAUAGAUUAUUUGAAUGGCUACCAUUGGCUGCAAUUGUUGAAGGUAAAGCAUUCUGUGUACAUGGUGGUAUUGGUGGUUUUUUAGCUUAUGCGACAUAGAUUGAAAAUAUAAAGAGGCCUCUUGAAAUCGUACAUGAAGUCACAAAUUAUGAAGAAUAAAUUGUUAUUGAUAUUUUAUGGUCUGAUCCUACAGAUUCUGAUGCUGAUUUUGGAAUAUAGCCAAACUUAACCAGAGAUCCGAAUGGCAAUUCGAAUCUUGUAAAAUUCGGUCCUGAUAGAGUCAUCCAGUUUCUUUUAGUAAAUCAACUCAAUCUUAUAAUUCGUUCUCAUGAAUGUGUUAUGGAUGGAUUCGAAAGAUUCGCAGGUGGUCAAUUAUUAACUGUAAAUAGUACUAUUGAUGAAUGUGGCAAACAUAAAAAUAAAGGAGCAAUUCUAGUUAUAAAAAAAAAUUUAGAAAUCGUUCCUAAACUAAUUGAUCCAAAACCAUACAAUUCUAAUAAUUGGAUUGAAAAUGAUGAAUCAAUAAAUGAUAGGUCCCCAUUAUCACCUCAUUGGAAAAACUAAAGUCAAAGAAGAUGUUACAAAUGA